AAGGAUUCGCCCCAAUCAGUAUAUUCUCUUGACUACAGAUCCUGCCCCGACAAUGGAAGGAGAACAAGAUAUUAAGAGCGAAUGCGGUGGGGACCAUGGACCAACAAUUGAGUCAUCAAUGUAUUACCUUGAUCGGGUGCCGUUAUAUGACACCGAAAAGCCGUACAGUAUGAGAUACCUGCCUGAAGAGGACAUUCCCCAGAGUAAUUAUGUCAAGGUGAAGCAUCCUAUAUCGGUAAGGAGCAUCCGGGAGCCAGGGGCAGGGCCAUUUCGCAUAGAGCAAUGUGGCUUUCAGAUUAUCAAUAUUCAUUCCAAAUUAACCUAUGAUGAAUUUUGGGACAAUGAGAGAGUGCAAAGCGUAUAUAUCCCGGAAGUGAAGCAAGCUUUGAAGCUUGAAACGGGGGCAAAAUAUGUGCAUGUUUUGGAUUAUGCUGUUAGAAAGCGUCAUGAAAGCUUUCCGGUUUCAACAGGCAAGGAGUAUCAGUACGAUCAGCCGACAGCGUUGGCUCACAUUGGUAAGAAUUACGUGGCAGAGAGACAACUGUUUUGCCGUCUUGAGGUGAAAGGGACUGACAGGGCCCUAGACUUCACUGCCAAAGAGGGCGAACGCAUCGUACGAGUUCUUUUUGGAGAUCGAGCCGAAGAAGUUCUCAAAAGCCGCUGGCAAGCCAUCAACGUAUGGAAGCCGAUAAAAGGCCCCCUCGAUGACUGGCCGCUAGGGCUUUGCGAUUCGAGGUCAGUAGAUUUUGCAAAGGACACCAUUGCCGGAGACAUAGUAUUUGAUGACUUUGUGACGGAGAAUCUGCAAAUCUUCCCAUCUCCGAAUUUUCAAUGGUAUUAUGUGCCAGAACAGAAUACUUGGGAAGCUUUGAUGUUUAAGAGUGCAGAUAGCGACGAGACUGCAGUGCCAGGAUGUCCGCAUUCUGGUUUUCACAACCCGCACGCUAGAAAAGGCAACUUGAGGGAGAGUCUUGACUGCAGGGCAUUUGUAUUCUACGCGGAUCUUGAGGAAUACCCUCCUAUCGUAGGCGACGUUUUUCAAGCCAAAUCGCAUAUGCUGUGA